GGCCUCCUCCUCCUCCUCGCCCGCUCCGCGCAUCCGCCGCCGCCGCCGCGGCCCCGCGCCGGGAGGAGCCCUAGUAGUAGCAGGUUUGAGCGAGCCCCGGCGGAGGGGUGUGUGUGUGUGUGUGUCAGUGUGUGUACCCUAGCUUGGUAUGGCCGCCGCCGAGUCAUGCGGCAGCCGCGGCGCGUCGCCCCCGCCGCGGCCGGGGGGCGGCAGGCGGCGGAAGGCGGAGGCCUACCGCGAGGUGCUGCGUCGGAUCCGUGGCGGGGCGUGCUCCUCCAGCCCCGCGCUCGACGACGAGCUCUGGGCCCACUUCCACAGCCUCCCCGCCAGAUAUGCGUUGGAUGUGAAUGUUGAGAGGGUUGAUGAUGUUUUAUUACACAAGAGGUUGCUUGACCAGGCCCGUGAACCAAUGCAUGGGCUAGUCUUUGAUGUUCGUCAUUCGCAGGCUGUUUCUCCCGAUGGAAGCACUGAAGUUGACCAAUCAACUUCCUUUAAGCAAGAAGAACAAGAUCCUCAAUGCUCAACAUUCGGAUCAAGAGACCAAAGGUGUUUCCAUGAAAUUAUAUUUGCAUGUGACGAUAAACCAAAGCUUCUUAGCCAGCUAACUGCUCUACUUGGGGAGCUUGGUCUUAACAUCCAAGAAGCGCAUGCAUUUUCAACAACUGAUGGCUAUUCUCUUGACAUCUUUGUUGUUGAUGGCUGGAAUCACGAGGUUGAUGUUCUACGAGAUGCAUUGAGGAGAGGUGUUGAAAAAAUAAAGUACAAAGCAUGGCCAUUGGUUCAGUCCAUGCCUAAUAGGAUGGGUCAUGAGCUAAUGGAGGGUUCUUCUCCAGCUGAUUUUGUCCAGAUUCCAGCUGAUGCAACUGAUGUUUGGGAAGUUGAUCCAAGGCUUCUGAAAUUUGAACGAAAAUUAGCAUCUGGAUCAUUUGGCGAUCUAUACCAUGGGAUAUACUGUACUCAAGAUGUAGCAAUCAAAGUACUCAAGCCUGAGCGGGUUAGCGUUGAUAUGCUGCGUGAGUUUGCACAGGAAGUAUAUAUAAUGAAAAAGGUUCGUCACAAGAAUGUUGUGCAAUUUAUUGGUGCAUGCACCAGACCACCUAUUUUGUGUAUAGUUACAGAGUUCAUGCGUGGAGGGAGUAUAUUCGACUUCCUUUAUAAUUUGGGAGGAACUUUUCAGCUCCCUGAUGUGUUAAGAAUUGCCUCUGAUGUGACCAAGGGAAUGAACUACCUGCAUCAAAUCAACAUUGUCCACAGGGACUUAAAGACUGCUAAUCUUCUUAUGGAUGACAAGGUUGUCAAGGUUGCAGACUUUGGAGUAGCAAGAGUUAAAGACCAGUCAGGAGUUAUGACUGCAGAAACAGGAACCUAUAGAUGGAUGGCUCCUGAGGUAAUCGAGCACUUGCCGUACGAUCAGAAAGCAGAUGUUUUCAGUUUUGGAAUAGUUAUUUGGGAGCUGUUGACUGGAAAGCUUCCUUAUGAAGAUAUGACACCUCUUCAAGCAGCCGUUGCCGUUGUCCAAAAUGAUUUGAGACCCAUCAUUCCUGCUGAUGCUAAUCCUAUGCUUGCUGGUCUACUUCAGAAAUGCUGGCAGAAAGAUCCAGCUCUAAGACCAACUUUUGCAGAGAUUCUAGAUAUUCUAAAUUCCAUAAAGGAGCAGGCUGUUCGAAAUUCUGGACAUAAGAAGAGACAUCCAGGCCGAUCUUACUCCAGGCAGAGACGAAGCAGCAGUUGAUGCGGCAAUUUUUUUUAAAGAGAUCUUGUUUCGAUUUAGUUUCAAAAUUGCGGCAGUUUUUGUCUAGCGUUCCACGCCCUCCCUUUCAUUAUAGUCAUUUCCUCAGCGAGCAAUUUUUACUUUGUUGUAACUUGUAACUCAGCGGUAAAGCCGGAAUAUAAUCUUAUGAGUUUCUUGUUUUUUUUUUCCGUGUUGUGAGGUGGUGUAAAUGAUUGUUGAUUAUUAAUCUUCAGUUCAUCAACGAGAUGUCAUA